CUCUGAGUCAAGGCCUGGACUGGGAAAAUCCAUGUAGUUUGAGCAGACGCAGAUGCAGACGCCACCUCGCAUUCCUCGAAUAAUCCAAGAAAUUUCCCCAUUUAAUGAGCGCAUCUUGGUUAUUUAAAUUGGAUUCCGUGCAAAAUGUCUAUUGACGAGGCAUUCUUGCCCUGGACGGAAGCCAAAGGCGUCAAGCUAAAGGGCGUUGAGCCCCAGGUAUUGCCCGGACGAGGUAUUGGUGUUGUUGCGACUCGCAAUAUCAGAGCCAACGAUGUCAUUCUCAGUGUACCAACCAGAUCCCUCCGCACCAUAGACACCGUGCCCAAGGCUAUAGCUGAGGCAUUGCAACCAGGCGUCUCAGUCCAUGGUGUCCUGGCGGCCGAGAUGGCGCUGGACAAAACCGAUGAUUUUGCAAUGUGGAGAACUGUUCUUCCUACGAGGGAAGAUCUCGAAGCCGGCAUGCCCAUGAUGUGGCCCAAGGAGUUGCAAGACCUGCUCCCAGGACGAGCCAAGGACCUCCUGGAAAGGCAGACUGGCACCUUUCGACGCGAGUGCGACAUUGUUCUGAAAGCAUUCCCAGACCUCAAGAGGGAAGACUACUUGUACUCGUGGGUGCUCGUAAACACCAGAACCUUUUACAACAGCAUGCCCAAGAUGAAGGCUUACCCGCAGGCCGAGCGGCUGGUGUGCAUGCCCGCCGCCGAUCUCUUCAACCACGCAGACCAAGGCUGCCAGCUAUCAUACUCGGCCAUGGGAUACAGCAUCGUCGCGGACCGCGCAUACCGCGAGGGCGAGGAAGUGUACAUCUCGUACGGGCCGCACUCCAACGACUUCCUCCUGACCGAGUACGGCUUCAUCCUCGACACGAACCGCUGGGACGAAGUCCACCUCGACGAGGUCAUCUUCCCGCGCCUAAACAAGACGCAGCGGGCCGAUCUGAAGAGCGUCGACUUUCUCGGGCGGUACACCCUCGACGACCAGACGCUCGGCUGCCAUCGCACGCAAGUGGCGCUGCGCAUGCUGUGCUGCACGCCGAGGCAGUGGCAGCGAUUCUUCGACGCGGAGGAUGAUGGCAGCACGUCGCAGUCAGAGGUGGACGAGCUACUAUUGGAGGUUCUGAACGACUUUUUGGAUAUUAUUGCAAAGACGUUGCUGAAGGUAGAUGAGACGGAUGUUGGAUUGGACAGUCAGCGAGAGUGGCUCCGGCGGAGGUGGCAGCAGGUCGAAGCGAUGGUGAGGAAGACAAUAGAACAGCUUGGAUCUCAAGAAGACGCCACUACCUAACUCCUAAAACGAAAUGAACCCCAAGCAUGAGAGUACAU